CCCCCUGCCACGCCCUCUGCCCUGUCUCUUACUAUUAGUUGUACCUCUGUCUGUCUCUCCCUCCCUCCACACAGCCUGACAGCCACUUGUUUCUUCUUCUUCCUCCUCCUCCUCUGAUCGAUCUCUUUCUCCAAUUGGAGCAGCCCAACUCACAAUUUUGGUUUCUUGUUUCAACUUGCCACUUCUCCCGCAGCUUAGCAUAUUUAGAGCGUAGCAGAUUGACUAGGCUAGCAGCUGACCAGAAUUAUACUACACAAGCUCGAGGAUUGAUCAGGAGGAGCUAGAUCACGCGCGCGGCAAGAUGAUGCGCGGGAAGGAUCACACCAGGGCCCCGGCAUUCUCCCCGAUGAAGGAGUCGGUGGCGGCGGCGGUGCAGGAGGAGGUGUGGGAGGUCCGGCCCAGCGGCAUGCUGGUGCAGAAGCGCACCCCGGACUCGGACCCGCCCCCCGGCGGCGCGCCCGUGCCCACCAUCCGCGUCAAGGUCAAGUUCGCCGGCGUCACCCACGAGGUCUACGUCAACUCGCAGGCCUCCUUCGGGGAGCUCAAGAAGCUCAUGGCCGAGAAGACGGGGCUCCACCCGGACGACCUCAAGGCCGUGUACAAGGGCAGGGAGGCCGACUCCAAGGAGUUCCUCGACAUGAUCGGCGUCAGGGACCGCUCCAAGCUCACCAUGCUCGAGGACCCCUCCGCCCAGGCCAGGCGCCUCAUCGAGGAGCGGCGGAAUGCCAAGGCCCAGCGCGCCGCCAAGGCCGUCUCACGCGUUAGCCUCGACGUCGACAAGCUCGCAUCCAAGGUGUCGGCGCUGGAGACGAUCGUGAACAAGGGCGGGAGGGUUGUGGAGGCCGACGUGGUCGCGCUCACCGAGGCGCUGAUGAACGAGCUGGUGAAGCUGGACGCCGUGGCCGCCGAGGGCGACGUCAAGGCGCAGCGCCGGAUCCAGGAGAAGCGCGUGCAGAAGCACGUCGAGGCGCUGGACGCCAUCCGCGCCAAGGCCGCCAAGAACACCCGCGCGUCCCCUGCGCCCAAUAACAACAAGUCUGCCGCCCGGCCAAACCACCUGCCGCCGCGCCCGCCGCCGGCGCACCACCAGCAGCGCCGGCAGUUCCAACACGCGGCGCCCACCACGGCAACCGCGCCGGCGCCGCAGACCGCGACGGCGAGCUGGGACAGCUUCGACCUCCUGUCCUCCGCGCCGUCCUCCUCCUCGGCCCCGGUGAGCACCAUGGCGCCAGCGACCACCACCUCGCCGUCCCCGAAGUUCGACUGGGAGCUCUUCUAGACGUCUCGUGGGCCCCCCACACACCCACCUUCCACAUGCGUGUGCACGUUCACGGCUCGACCAGCUAGCCGGUGACUUUCCUCUUCAUCUCUCUCGGUCAUGGCGCGCGUCAACUGUCACAUUGUCUGCCCCCCUUCUUCUUCUUCCUUUCUUUCUCCAUUCUUUCCUUGUUUCUUUCGAGUGUAUAUUGAUCUCUUCAAGAAAGGCAAACAUCGUCUCCAGUAAUAUGAUUGUGCUCGGCCGAUCGACUCCCACUCCCAAAAUCCACAUGGAGUGGAGCUAGUAGAUACACACGUACAUCCAUGAUCGAUAUCCAUGCAUAGCGAAUAAGUGGUGGCCUUAUGAUGAUGAAGCAGGAAUUUUCCAUGGCAGAUUUGUGUAUAUUACUACUAUUGUACAGUGUACAUCAAAAUCAUCAAUUAUCAUUA